GGCGGCCCCAGCUGGCUUGUUUCGCUUGAGUAGGUGCGGGCGCAGCUUCCCCCUCUCCGCCGCUCCCCCCUCCCCCGCCCGGAAGGCGGACGGGCGGGGGGGAGGCGCGAGCUGCUCACCCAUCCCCGGGGCGGGCGGCGCGCGAGGUUGCGCGAGGAGCCGCGGCCGCGAGAAGCCCCUCUCAGGUGGGGGCGUGCAUGCCUGCUAAGUGUCUUUCUUCGCUUCCUCUCCGGCGGAGUCAGUGGCGGGGGACGCUGAAAGCUCAAGCCCAGGGAGAGACUGGAUUUGUGAGUUCAUCCUGCAGUAGUUGAUGGCUUAUGUGUUUUAAGCCAGGAAGAAACCAUGCCAUAGGAUGAGAAUAAAAAAAUGGAACCUUUACACAAGAAUUCCAAGGUUUAGGGUUUACAUCUCUUUGGUUCAGACACGAGGACCAGACAAUUGCUACAACACCAGAUGAUCGCUUGAGAGUCCCCGAAACUUUUCACAGGGUUGCAAGAAUAUUGAGGGUACUGAUUGUCCUGUACUUUUAGCCUAGGAGGGCUAAGAGAAAGCUAAAGCUAAGGAGAGUGAGGACUGCAGCCAAAGCCUUAUCAGAAAAUAGUGCUUCACAGACCACCUCACAGCUGAACUAAAUACAGGUUUACUACUUGUGCCUGUCUCAUCUUACCUACCUCACUUCCUUUUUGGAUGGAAAUGAAAAUUGGGAACCAACCAAAUAAAAUCUGGUGAUACUUGGAAAUGCUCCAGCUGUAGUGAUGAGUUUAGCGAUUUCACACCAUGGGAAUCUCACCUGUGCCUCAGUAAACACAGACUAUCAGCCACCAACUAAAGAUUGCCUAAGAAGCUGGGACUUGGAAGACUAAAAAAAGCAAAGCAAAAGAAACAUAGAGGUACAAACCUAGGCAAAAAUUAUUCGCCGAGAACCUUGGUGCCAUCUCUUUUGGCCUCAAGCUUAUGUAGCUCCUUUGGUUUAGUUAGCUUAUACAGUACUGUUCUUCCACUUGUGCCUAAAUGGGACAACAACCCAGGAGCCAGACUGAAGACGAAGGGGUGAGAAGCAAAGUCCAUGGCAACUUACCCUUGCCAAUUAUGUGGGAAGAUACUCCUUACCCUGGAAAAAUUCACUAUCCACACUUACUCCCACACAGGGGAACGUCCUUACAAGUGCUUGCAGCAAGGCUGUGCAAAAGGGUUCAUUUCCAAAUAUAAGCUCAUCAGGCACAUGGCCACCCAUUCACCACAGAAAUCCCAUCAGUGCGUUCACUGUGAGAAGACAUUCCACCGGAAAGACCACCUGAAGAAUCAUCUCCAGACUCAUGAUCCGAACAAAAUGGCCUUUGGGUGUGAUGAGUGUGGGAAGAAGUAUAACACCAAGCUGGGCUACAAGCGGCAUUUGGCCCUCCAUGCGGCCAGCAGUGGAGACCUCACAUGCCGGGUUUGUGCCCUAGAGCUGGGGAGCACCGAAGUGUUGCUGGAUCAUCUCAAGGCCCACACUGGGGGAAAACCCCCUAAUGGAGCCAAGGAGAAGAAGCAUCAGUGCGACCAUUGUGAGAGAUGCUUCUACACUCGGAAGGAUGUUCGGCGCCACCUGGUGGUCCACACAGGCUGCAAAGACUUCCUUUGUCAGUUCUGUGCCCAGCGAUUUGGGCGAAAAGACCAUCUUACUCGACAUACCAAGAAAACGCACUCACAGGAGCUGAUGAAAGACCAGCCGCAAAAUGGAGAUCUGCUGGGCUCACUCAAUCCACAUUCUCCUCCAUUUCAGCUCAAAGAAGGGGCUGCUGGGUUAUCACCUUUUCCUUUAGGGGUCUGUGUACAGAAUGGAUUUGGGAAUAGCUUGCAGGCGGACAUACAAGACAACACACCUGGUCCCUAUGAACAAAGCCUACAACACUCACAACCACUUCCAGAUUCUCUAGCAGCCAUCCCGCCUUCAGCAUCUCCAGGCUCACCUUCUUGUAACCUUCAGCACCCUGAAUAUGACCCAAGCUCUACCUCAUACUCACCACUCACCCACCCCAAAAUUCUGCCCCUCAAAACAGGUUCAAAGGGAUUCUGCAAUAUGAACCUCCUUGAGGAAUUGUCUUUGCAAGAGCCUCACUCAGCAGCCAGAAUUAGCCCAGACCUCGAUCUGGCUAAGGGGGUUGUGGACAGAUUAAAUGUUAACAAGGAAAUAGUGAUGUCUGCUGAUGCUAUGAACAGGGCAUCAUCAUCACCUGCCUCUUUGGAUAUCUCACACGUCCUGGGGUUUUGGCAGCUGCCUCCCUCCCUCACCCAAAAUGUCCAUGGGAACAGCACUAUGCCGCUGGGACCCAGGGAAUCACUACCCCAUAGACUAAGCUGUCUUGGGCAACAGCCACAAGAACCACAGCUAGCCAUGGGCAGUGUGACUCUCAAUCAGCUACAUCUUCCUCACAUUCCUCACACUUUCCCUGCCAGCCCCAGCUCUGCUAUCCUGCCUCAUUUUCACCAUGCAUUCAGAUGACUUCUAUUUUAAAAGAGUACUUUUCUGUCCUAGAAAAGGUUUCAAGCAGCGAAGCCAUGUGUUUGAAAGGCCAGCUAUAAUGCAAGAUUAGAAAAACAGGAUUAUCUGCACAAGGGUGACUGCUUCAUGUCACAGAAUUCUGAAAAAGACACAUAAAACCAACCAACUGCAUGUUUCGUGCCAAUCUGCCAUGAGUGUUCAUGCUUUGUACCAAAUUUUAUAUUGAGUAUUUUAUAGUGGAACGGCAAAUACUGCCGUGACAGGCAUACAAAAUGAGGGCUGCUAUAUAAGUAUGGGCCAUGGGGAAAUUAACUUCAAGCCAUGCAUCAUAGUAAAGAUGAUAUACAAAUAGUGACCAUUUUUAUAUGGCUUCUAGGUGGACCACUACAUGAACAAGGGCCCUACCUAGUAAAUGAACUUUGGGAAACUUCUGAUUUCUUCAAGUUGAGAAGAUGGAAUGCUUCUUUUUCUUUCUCUUAAUAAAAAUAAAAUAACUUUAUGGGGAUUAAAUUUAACUAGGCUGUGGACUUCAGUCUACUUCAGCAGUUCAGGGAUUUUUCUGUCUUCAGGGUUGGAAAUAGUUAGUUACUACUGCCAUAGCAAAAUGAAAAUCUUACAAAAAAACCAAACAGCUUCUUAUAGAAAGUUCUUUGUUUUUUAAAAAAAAGAAACCAACAUUUUUAUUUAGUUUCCAUCUUCAACAGAAUGACAAGGAUAUUUUGUUGACUCCCCUAGUUUCUCUUAAAGACCUAAAUGAUUAUUUAGACAAAUUCAGCAGGAAAAGUCCCUGUGGACUGAUUCUUGGUUAGAAUUUCUGAUGUUGUGCAAAAAAUGCACAGGUCAGUCAAGAAAGACAUUUGCUGAUUUCAAGAAUUAUUAUUAUUAUUUCAGUAGGAAUAUGAAAUUACUUUGUCUCAAAGAAAACCCCUUGUUCAAGAUCUUUAUUUGAUAAGUUGGGCUUUAAAUAUUACUGUACCUAGGAUCCUAAAUGCUGUUUUUCAACACAUAAUAAAUGCAAUAUUUUUCAAUUCUUAAAAAAUAUACAUUUAUUUGAAGUCACGUUCUGAUCUUUACUCAUCCCUCCCCUUGCAUUUAUGUUUUCUAAAUGUGAAUUACUAAUCCAAUUUGGCCUUUAAAAAUCCUAUUCUUUGAACUUUAUGUCCAAAUAAAAGAAGUAAAACAGUAAUUUUAUUUUUACCAAAAAAGAAUGUUAUUUAAUGUGAAGGAGAAAAUGUACUUUGGAUUUAGUAGGUUCUUUUUGUUUCUGAAAUGGUUAUUUUAACAUUUUAAUUUUAGAUAUAUCAAAAGUGCAUAAACAAACUUUAAAAAUAGAGGUAUAGCAAAAGACUCCCAGCUUAGGAAUGAAGGUUUUGCUGUGGGACAUUAGGAAAAUAACUUAUUUUUUGUUAGGAAAAUAAGCUAUUUUCAGCUUCAGUUUCUUCAUCUGAAAAAUGAAAGGGUUGGACAAAAUAAUUUCUAGGGUUCUUUCAGCUAUAAAGUUAUAUAAUAAUAUCCAUUUACUAUAAAAUAUCACAGUUUCUCCUAUUCUCUCCCCCUCUUCCAUGCCCCCUUCCCCUCUCCCUCCAUAUAUAUAUAUUUACUUCUCUGAAGACAUAAUAGUCUAAAAAGGUGUCAUAGUCCAUAAGAGUUUUCCAGGUAUGGAUUGGUUUUUAAAAUACCGUUUAUAAUAUUGUCUAAAGUUUUGUUUCUGGCAUGAAUUAGUAAUUUAUAGAUAUCCAUAUUUGGAAUAUUAUUAAAGUGCCAUUUCCCAUUAUUCUGUCAUGAUUUAGCAUUAUUUACCACAUGUUAACUAAGAGGAUCAAAGAGUUCAUAA